UCGCCGGGAGUAAAGUUGAAAGUUCCAGUGAAAAACCUGGAUCCUGGAGACUGGACUCUGGCUACAGGACUCGAUUGGAAGCAAGAAGAGAAAAAAGGGGCAGGAGCCCGAAGUCUACGAGUUGGUAAGUGUGUGAGUGGGGAGGUCUCUAGCCCAAGGCAAGGACCUUAGGGGGACGGAGGUUAAAGCCGAAGUCUCUUUGAGGAACCCUCCCGCGGGCCGAAUAGCCAAACCGCUCGCCGCUUUUGGUCUACAUCUGGUUGGACGCCAGAUCCCGUCGCUGGGAUGGCUCGACCCAGAUCACUACAACUCUCGUUGGAGGGCUUACCGGAUGAGGCCACCGCAGAUGGUCCUUUCCUCCUUCGGCGGGAAAUUUUCAACAGUAUUGUUGAAGCUGGAAUAAACGAACAAUCGAUCGAAGGCAUUGAAUGCAUGGGAAAGAAGUUCUGGUAUAUUGUGUUUUACACCAGACAACAACGCACUGAAGCUGCUGGGAAAGAGAUAAAGUUACACGACCUCAAGUUUGCACUUAAAUCGUUAGAUCCCCCGCGACCAAGAAGACCUACAUACAUAUGGGUUAAAGUUUUCGGAUACCCCCUAGAUACGGAGAGUAAAAUCUUGGAACAGACUCUAAGCCUGUACGGGAAACUUGUAUCACUCACGGAUGACCUCGACGCCCGCAUUAACAUUAAAACAGGCAUCAAACACGCACAAUUCGAAAGCCUCAGCGAGAACAUCCCUUCCUUUAUUUAUGCCGGUAAAUUCCGAGUACGAACAGUGUACAGAGAUCAACCGAAAACCUGCCGCAACUGCAUGCAAACGGGUCACGAAGCCAGGAAUUGCACAGCCGGUACGGUAUGCAAGCAAUGUGGAAAACCCGGCCAUAAGAAAGGGGAGUGCCCUGAUAAACGGUGCUUCCACUGUAAAGAGAAAGGGCACGAACAGAAAGACUGCGAAAAGUACGUACAAGAUUAUCCCGCCCUAUACGCACAAGACACUAACGACACAGUGGACAACAUAGCGAAGAACACCGAGCAAACUGCAGAAACAAACACAGCCAGCACCAAUGAGAAAACGACAGAGGAUGAAAUCCCGAGGUCAACGCAUGAAAAUACGACAGAGGACGAGAUCCCGAGGUCAAAUGAUGGAAAUGCAACAGAAAAGGACGACAACGCAACGUCUUUCCAACCACCGUCAGACAGAGACUGGGGUUCAAGCGGAUGGGACCCUGAAAACAAAGUCGCUGAUGAGGUGAUGGAUCAACAGGAAAACAACACCAACAAACAAAGCGAUAGUGCAGCAACAGACACGGUAGACCAGCAGCACAUGGACACCCAAACAACACCCACCCGCGACAGUGACUCUGACAGUAACCACGAGGACGAACCACCCCCAAAAACUUUGAAAACGACCCCUCCACCCUUGAAGGAAGGUAUUGAGCAACACACAGGCCCCCCACGAACCAACAACAAAGAGCCACCAAAAGGAAAGAACACACGGAACCGGAAAGUGCCUGUUGUGGUGUCUUCGGCCCACAAUCGAAACCCGUUCAUCACCCCAAUACCACCACCUUCAAAGUGAGACUGGUAACGCUCAAUGUUAAUGGCAUAGUGGACAAACAGAAACGAGACAAACUUUUUGAUUAUCUUAGAAAUUUCAACGCAGACAUUAUCUUUUUACAAGAAACGCAUAAUGAGACUGAACAGGACGAACGGACAUGGACAACAGAAUGGGGGGGCACGUGCAUUUGGAACAGGGGUACACACCGCAGCUGUGGAGUGGCGAUUCUGUUCCAUCAGCGCGCGCAAGUCGAAAUAGUUAACACACGGAAAGACACUAACGGCCGCAUACUUGCGGCCACUGUAAAUAUAAACGAAACUGGUAUCAACCUUAUGAACCUGUAUGCACCGACAAUACCGAGAGAACGCAAGACGUUCUUUGAUGGGUUGUGGGAUUUUAAACCAGGUGAUUACAAUCUGAUGUUGGCUGGUGAUUUUAAUUGUAUACCGGACGUAUCCCUAGACAAACAAGGGGGAAAUCCACAAAGUGGAACGGUGGGCAUAAUUGAACUUAAUGAUUUUUGCAAUGCAAACCAACUUGUAGACACUUGGCGUGAUACACACGAACGAGAUAAGAUCUUUACCUGGAACAACCGCGACUUCUCUCUAAGGUCCCGGCUGGACCGAUGGUACGUGCCCCAAGCUCUGCAACAACAGACCACCUCGACCAUUCGGGCGUGUCCUCACUCCGACCACUCCGCCGUCGAAAUGGUGACAAUGCUAACCCAGAUACAAACGCGAGGCAAAGGGACGUGGAAAUUAAACAUUUCUAUCUUAAAAGACAGAGGUUUUCAACGCGAGAUACGAACCUUUUACACAUACUGGGUACGAAAGAAAGAAAACUUCGAAAGUAUCGCGGACUGGUGGGACGAAGCCAAGUGCCGGUUUAAACAGAUCGCUAUCGGCCACUCGGUGCGGAAGGCCCGAAGCCGAAGACAGAACGAAGCGAAUUUACAACAGAAAUUGACCACAAUGAAGAAUGAACUCCACCCAGACACAAAUCGUAUCCACGAGUUAGAACAACAGAUUAACCAGCUCGUGACCACGCGCAUCGAAGGGGUAAAGGUACGCAGCCGAGCGACCUGGUUAGAAGAGGGAGAAAAACCGACUAAGUAUUUCUUUAACUUGGAACGAGCGAAACAAGAUCAAGCGUGCAUCUCAAAAUUGAGUACUGAAGACGGCGAAGUAACCUCUAACGAACAGAUUUUAGCCGAGGCAAGGCGGUUUUACGAACAGCUAUACACCAAUGAUCCGGUAGACACCGAACAACAAGACAGUUUUCUUAAUCAGUUAGACCGUAAGCUCGAUGGAAAGACCAGGGCUACAUGUGAAGGGCCCGUGACAAAGGACGAACUGACAGCAGCGGUGAAAAAAAUGCAUUUGAAUAAAUCACCCGGCCCGGAUGGUUUGCCAGUAGAAUUUUAUAAGACCUUUUGGGCAGAGCUGGUAAUGGAUCUAUGUGAGGUGCUUAAUGCCAACUACCUAAACGGUGCAAUGUCUUCUUCCCAACGUGAAUCGUUAUUACGACUGCUUUUUAAGAAAGGUAGGCGUGAUCUCCUUCCCAACUGGAGACCUAUCUCCCUGCUGAAUACCGAUUAUAAGCUCCUUUCCACCCUCCUGGCAAACCGUAUUCGACCCACCCUCCCGGAGGUGAUACACGAAGACCAGACGUGUGGUAUUCCGGGGCGGACCAUUUUCGACAGCGUACAACGUUUGCGAGACAUGGCACACGAGGCAACCACCAAGAACUUGAACCUCAUUCUGAUCGGGCUCGACCAGGAAAAGGCUUUUGACAGGGUAGAUCGGGACUUCCUAAUCAAGAUCUUGAAAAAACUAAACUAUGGACCUAGUUUUAUCCGGUGGAUCGAAACCUUGUAUUAUGAAGCGAACUGUCGUAUCACUAAUAAUGGAUGGCUGUCGGAACGAAUCCACUUGCACCGGGGUGUUCGUCAAGGAUGCCCUCUGUCACCACUCCUCUACACUAUGAUCAUCGAGACCCUAUCUAAUGCAAUUCGAAACGACAGCAGAAUCGAAGGCGUCUCCAUCCCAGGUUCCCCGGAAACAAGCAAGAUUUCUGCUUAUGCAGACGACGGUACUCUGACUCUCAAGGACGAUUUAUCUGUAACGCGAGCUUUCGACCAAAUUAACAACUUCGAAAGAGCGAGCGGAAGUAAAUUAAACAUGGGGAAAACUGAAGGCACUUAUGUCGGGCAACAAGCGGGCAGAGAGCAUGGCCCAGUGCCAAUUAAGUGGAGAACUACCCACGUUCGGGUACUGGGAGCAAAUAUUGGUAAUGAUAUGAACCAAGAUUGGGAAACGCCAACCGACAAAGUCGAAAAGACUCUCGAGCGGUGGUCGACGAGACAAUUAACAAUGAAAGGCAAAGCGGUUAUACUACGAACGUAUGCCAUCGCGACGAUAGUGUAUCUGGCGAGCAUGUUUCCGCUCCCGGAGCCGGUAGUCACAAGAUUACAUCGGGCGGUAUUCAUUUUCCUGUGGGGAAAAAAGAACGAGCUAGUAUCGCGAGAAACAUGUCACCUUCCACUGAGCAAGGGCGGAUUGGCCAUCCCGGACCUCCACAUCAUGAAAACAGUAUUUCUAAUCAAAUGGAUAAGACAUCUGACAAAUCAAGCAAAAUCCACCACAUGGCUUGCCUACGGACGAUACUGGACAGGUCAGGUACUUGGAAAUAUCAAGGACGAGUGGAAAUGGUUGCGGUCCAACCUGAAACCACAUGGUCAUCCUGGACAAAUACCAAAAUGGUACCACGAAAUUGUCAAGUUUGCACAACAGAAUCGCGAGACCCUCAACCACAUCUCGAAUGACCAACUAACAUCACAGAGAAUAAAGGAACUCCUGCAAACACCCCAUCAACCACGCUGUGAAAACCUAUGGAAACGGUACAUACAUCCACCGCCCCAGUUCCAAGUCACAUGGAGCAACCUAUGGGCCUCAAAAACAGAGAACAAGGUGAAAGAGUUUCUUUGGAAACUGAUACACAGAGUUCUGACAACGAAAGAUUAUCUCCUCCGGUGGGGGAUGCAGAUAAAUCCGACGUGUCCAUACUGUCAACACCGAGAAGACACACAGCACGCCAUCUUUAUCUGCCAGCGGGCACAAGAGAUGUGGAAUGACCUUCAACCACUGCUUACAUCCAUAGCGGGUCGGCAAAUCCAGGUCGACGUUGAAACCAUCCUGUUCCAUCGCAACCUACCUCUCGAUGAUCGAGCGAAAGAAAUAUGUCACUACAUUCUCGCAAAGGCAGCGGAACUGCUUUGGCACACUAGAAACAAACGGGUGUACGACCAUGGCUUUCAACCGGGGAACAUGAAGAACAGAGUGAUGCGGGCUAUAAGACAACGGAUUCAAACGGAUUUUAUCACGAACCCCAAUAGAAUAGAUCAAUUAUGGGGAUAUAAAGGAGUAAUAGUCAAGAUCCAAAACGGGCAGUUGGUAUUUAAUAUAUAG